GAGGGAACACAAGCAUACAUAGAUUACAAACAAUAGACAAUCGAGAUAGGGGGUACAAUAUCACAUUACAAUUACACAAGGACCUUAAGGGACAUGCAUACACUUACAAUUCUAACAGCUUUUUUGUUAGUAGAGCAUUUAACCGUCUUAAAAUACAGUUCAAUUUCCUUUUGUAGGGCGCGCCACCCUCAUCGGCUUCGCCGGUCCACGUGACGGUCCAAUGGCCGGUGCAACCCGGGACAGUAAAAUAGAGUCCUUCACUGUCAAACUGAAGUUCCGCGUAUCCCAAAUUGAUUGGUGGCAGAAGCGAUUAUUCCAAUCUCAUUGGAUGUCAUCCUGCCAGUUUCCUGACGACCGCAGCAUUUCAGGAAGAACAUCUUAUCUUUAUUUUACCGUUCUCAAAGUCAUAUUUGCAUGGUCGAGUUUGAGAAACUAAAAUUGUUGCAACUUUUUUCAGGUCAGGGGUUUUUGUAUGCGACCUUUAUAAUUAGCUAUAGAGAAAAAUAAGCAAAAAGUCGAUGCUGAUUUCUCAGUAAACUAGCUACAGAGUUAACGUUACACGUUUCGAGUUGCGAGCCACAGAUUCAGUAAAGAGCAAAAUAUCUUCACGGUCACAGUGUCAAGCAUUAACCAGCACAGUUUGAGAGAUGGCGGCUCCCAGAAAGAUAGCGUUGUUUCGCCUGACUUCCCUGCCCACCAUUGGGGAGGUAAUCAAGCUGUACAAACUGUGAGCAGAGAAACGGCUGUCCCAGAACGUUCUGCUGGACAUGAGGCUCACAGAUAAGAUUGUAUGCCAGGCAGGCAGUCUGACGGACGCCCAUGUGUGUGAGGUGGGUCCAGGACCUGGAGGGCUGACCCACUCCAUCCUCAAUGCUGGGGCUGCAGACCUGCUGGUUGUGGAGAAGGACAACCGCUUCAUAUACGGACUAAACCUUUUGUCUGAAGCAGCACCAAGGAAGCUCAGGGUUGUCCAUGGUGACAUACUCACAUCCAGAAUGGACCGAGGAUUCCCAAAAGUCAUAACCAAGGCAUGGGAGGAUGAUCCACCGGACCUGCAUAUCAUUGGGAACCUUCCCUUCAGUGUGCCCACUCCUCUCAUCAUCAAGUGGCUGGAGAACAUAUCCAACAGAACUGGACCCUUUGUUACGGCCGGACGAGACUGAACCUUACCUUUCAGAAGGAGGUGGCAGAGAAUGCUAUUCCCGGAGACAGAGGCUGGAGCUGGCGGAGGUGAUGAUGCAUGAGGCAGACGUGGACCCCAACCUGCGCCCCACGGAGCUCUCCAUCCCUGACAGAGGACUGGCGGACACCUACAGCUGCCUCUGCUCUGAGAACCAGGGCCUCCUCACCUACGACUUCAGACUCAAACACCUUAACAGGCGAUCAGGCAGCAGCACUCAGCAGCCCCUGACAGAGAGAGAGGCUAGAAGGACAGAGGGGAAGGAGUGCCUAAUGGUCUCUGUUAGAGACAAGACAACGGACUGCUCUUAGCUCUAACCUUUCUACCAGGCACACGCAUGCAUUUUUAAACACCAUUUCUCUGGUGUCCCAGAGGUGCUUGGUGAGACACAGGGAAUCUCUGGUGUCCCGGAGGUGCUUGGUGAGACACAGGGAAUCUCUGGUGUCCCGGAGGUGCUUGGUGAGACACAGGGAAUCUCUGGUGUCCUGGGGGUGCUUGGUGAGACACAGGGAAUCUCUAACACGCAGUCCAGUUACAAAGUAAGAAUAGUGUGUGAAAUGACCAGCAGGAGAGUUAAGUGGUGAGUUUAAUGCUCAACCCAUCAUGUCCUGGUCCUUACUUCUGAUCCUGAUGUCCCCAUAUGACUUUGUCCUCUGGGAAAUGAGUCCGGAAACUUUUUCAGGACAAUUUGGAGAAUAAGAAAAUGUUGACGGUAUUCAGACCAUUCCACCUCCUUUGUCUCACUCACGGGGGGGUGGAGUGCUGUUGAAAAGUUGGCAGCUCCUGAUGAGAACUGAGAGUUUUGUUAAAUAAAGUGCUGGCCAUCUGUUUUGAAAGUGAUGAUGGAACAAUGA